AUGAAAGAACCCCGGAUUUUUCCCAGAGAGCGGCCUACUCCUUGGACUCGUGCUCCACUGCCAUCUCGAGGACGGUUUGAUGGUUCCCUGGGACCACAUGGGGGUCCAGGUCUGAACACUGGCCACUCACUGGGCAUGAAUUCGGAUCCCUUCCUUAUGGCAUCUGGUUCUCUUGGUGGAAAUAUGGCCCCGUUCCCAAGGAACCCGUCCUUUUCAGCUUCAUCAGGCUCAUUGGCUUCAAAUCCAGCACCUUUUCCUGCUGGUGCUCGUGAUCAAAGCAUGACUUCUUUUCCAAGAGGGAUGAAUUCUGCUGGCACAGGUGGAGUUUCUUUCUCAAGAGCAAGUGGUCUCUUGGGGCCAGGCCCAGGCUCAUCUCUGAACCCUAGAGCAGGGGCUCUUUCAGGCCCAGGUCCUAUGUCUAAUCCAAGGCUAGGGAGUCUGCCAGGGCCAGGUCCUAUGUCCAGCACAAGGGGAGGUGGUCUCCUGGGAACUGGUCCUGACCUGAGAAGUGGUGGCCCCAUGGGCCCUGGUUCUGGACCCAACAUGAGAGCAGGUAUGCUGUUGACUUCUGGGAAUGGUCCUCCUAAUCCUAGACCUGUUGGUCUGGGCCCGGGACCAAAUCCCAAUAUGAGAACAAACUUUGUAGGUGCAAACCCUACCCAGAGACCUGGUAUGUUUUCAGGCCAAAACCAUGGGCCCAACCCAAGAACAAGUGGUCUAGGCCCAGGCCUUGGGCCCAAUCCUCGAGCAGGUGGCAUAGGUCCAGGUUCUAAUCUGGACACUAGAGCUGCUGGCCUCAUAGGCACAGGAUCUGGUCUUAACUUAAGAAUGGCUGGACCUCAAGGCUUAGAUCUUGCUCCCAUCCUAAGAGCAGCAGGUCUUUUAGGAGCAAAUUCAACUUCUUUCUCACAGGCAUCUGGAAACAUGGGCACAAACCCAUCCUCCAUGACAAGAGUACCUGGUCCUAUGGGCCAAAACUCGGGGCCUGGUUCUCGGGGAAUUGGCCUUCCAGGGCCAAAUCCAUCUACCAUGCCAAGAGCUCCUGGUUCCAUGGGCUCUAAUUCAGCUAAUUUUUCAAGGCCAGGUGGUCCAAUAGGCGUAAAUGCUAAUCCCUUUCCACGGGGGACAGGUCCAGGUGGACUAAACCCAACCGCCUUUUCUCAGUCUUCUGGUACAUUGGCUUCAAAUCUAUCUACCUUCCAAAGGUCUGGUGGCCUCCAGGGCUCAAGUUCAGCAAUGUUCCCAAGAGCCUCUGGACCAUUAGGUCCCAACUCAGCUAAUUUUCCAAGGGCCAGUGGCUUACAAGGUCCAAGUCCAGGCACCUUCCCAAGGUCUACUGGUCCAUUAGGCCCUGGUCAGGUUACUUUCCCCAGGUCAGCUUCUGGACCUCUGGGCUCUUCCCCAGCAGGCCCACUGGGUAUGAACCCAGCUACGUUUGCAAGACCAACUGGGACCAUGGGUCUAAACCCAUCAUCUUACCCAAGGAUGAAUGGCCCUAUAACUAAGACAGUGGUUCCAUUUCCUAGAGUAGGUAGCCUCCCUGGCACAAACUCUGCUGCUUUCCCCAGACCAGGGGGUCCAAUGGCUGCAAUGUACCCAAAUGGAAUGUUACCCCCUUAAACAUCAUUUUUUCCCUCCAGAACUACUGUGUUUUUCAAGCACUGUGGCUCUGGGCCAGGCUGUGUUUCAGGUUAAAGGGUAGAUACAGAGCUGCAGUGUAAAAGUACAUAGCUGGGGCUCAAAUUCAGAUGAGCUUUUUUUUUUUUUUUUCCUCUGCUUCUCUCAACUGAAGGUGAAAUGUUUGUGGGCAUGGAUUAUGUCAGAUGGAAAUAUGUUCCUGGUCUUGAGAGUCUCUCAAGCCUUCCAAUAUCCUGCUGUGGUUUUGUCUCACAGCUUUCUGCCCCUUGUUUCAUACUAGUAUCUUGAAUUAUUCUUGUGGACUUUUCCUCAGGGAUACAUUGGCCUGCAGGUCCCAAUUCAUUGUGUAGUCCCCUGAUCAUCACAGGCAGAUCAGCUCACUGCUUUCUAGAAACGUGUUGGUAAACAAGACCGUGCUUCAGCAGCUUGGACCUGUUAUCCUCCACUGCCAUACCUUUCCCUGGGGGCUUGAACACAGAACAGGGAGGUGGGCAACCACUUUGAAAACCCUACAAAUACACUUUAAACCUGACUGAUUGGGCUUGCAGCUUUUUUCUCCUGGGACUUAGAGGAUGCCAAAAAUUAAGGCUCCACUGCUCAUUGAACUCCCUCUCCACUGGUACUCCCAAUCAAAGAAUCUCAAAAUUAUACUUAAGUGGAUGGGAAUAUGGGAAUCAAGGGGGAAGGGGAUGGGAGGGAGGGAGAAGGGGAGAAAUCACUGUGCUUUUGUUCAGCCUGAUGUGAAAGGAUGGUUGAUGUUUUCCUGCAUUGUAUCUUUUCUUACUGUUUCUUUAAAUAAAUGGGAUGAGAGGGUU